AUGUCGGUCAGCUCAGCCUCCGCAACGAUGUUCCGACGGGCGAUGAUCAGCACCAGACGGGCGAUGCAGCCCGUCAACUGCCUCGAGUCCCGAACAGUGCAAACCGCCGUCUUCGGAUCCUACAGAAGCAUUCACCGUUCGGCUCGUCUGCCUGCCAUCACAGCCUCAGAGACUCGCCGCCGGCCGACUCUGCGACCUAACCACAUGUCCGCCGUGGCCCCCGUCAACGGGUCCUCGCCCACCAGCAAGCGCUCCAUCUUCAUCCAGACCGAGAACACCCCCAACCCAGAUGCACUGAAGUUCAUCCCCAACCACCGCGUCCUGCCGGAAGACUUCCCCACGACGUUCCUGGAAUACCUCUCGCCGCGCUCCACGCUCGCGCCGCCCCACCCGUCGCCGCUGGCGGCCAACCUCCUCAACGUGGAGGGCGUAACAUCGGUGUUCUACGGGCCCGACUUCAUCACCGUGACCAAGGCGAGCGACGCGAACUGGGCGCACAUCAAGCCGGAGGUGUUCAGCCUAAUCACGCAGGCGGUCACGUCGGGCGAGGCGCUCGUCAACACGGUCGCCAAGACCGGCGAGCAUGCGCAGGAGGGCGGCGAGGAGGAGUCGCUCGGCUACAACGAGGAAGACGAUGAGGUGGUCAGUAUGAUCAAGGAGCUGCUCGAUACGCGCAUCCGCCCGGCGAUCCAGGAGGACGGUGGCGAUAUCGAGUUCCGCGGGUUUGAGAACGGCAUCGUCAUGCUCAAGUUGCGCGGUGCGUGCCGGACUUGCGAUUCGAGCACUGUUACCCUGCGCAAUGGUAUUGAGUCCAUGCUGAUGCACUAUAUCGAAGAAGUUCAGGGUGUCGAACAGGUGAUGGAUGCGGAAGAGGAGAUCUCGAUGCACGAGUUUGCUAAGUUUGAGGAAAAGCUUCGCCAGCAGAAGGGAGCUCAGGCGACUGCUAGUGCGGGUCCGUUGGACAACCCUUGA